GCGCCAACCCCCCCUCCUCCUCCCUCUCCUUCCUCCCCUCUUCCUCCUCCCGGCAGAUGCGCGGGCAUCUCUGAUCUCCCCCACCGGCAGGAGCAGCGAGGAGCCCAGCACCUAGCCUAGCUACCCAGCCACCGCCCACCACCACCACCACCGAUCGAAUCGGGUGCUGCAGCAGCUCCGGCCGCCGCUUUAUAAGGCCGGCCCGCCCCGCUCGACCGCCUCCACACCUCGCCGCCGCCGCCGCCGAAGCCGCGGGCCGGUUGCUCCGAUUGGGAGUGCCAAUCGGAGCCAACAGCGGGGGAAGCACAUGCUGCCAUUCGUCCUAGAGUUCCUUAUUGAUGUCGCCUGUGAUCAGUGAGAUCCUCCUCUCGGGGUUUAUGAUCAACUCCACACUCCGGCGACGCACCCACCUCGUCCAGUCCUUCUCCGUCGUCUUCCUCUACUGGUUCUAUGUCUUCUCAUAAACUGCUCGCCCCCGUCACCGCGCCCCUCCCUCCCCUCCCUCCCUCCUCCUUCUCCUUCGCCGCCGUCGUCUUCGUCGUCCUCCCCUCCUCGUCCUCUCUUCCUCUCUAGUAGCAUCGCCCUCCUCCUCCUCUGUCGCCCUUCCUGUCGUCGUCUCUGUUUCAGUUAUACAACUAGUAGCUUUCUCGAGCUUUAGCUUUGCAUGCACUUCCCUACUGCUGCUACCCACGAUCUUCAGUAGUGUCCUGUCCUGUCCCCUAAUUUACCAGCAACAGGAAAUCGAGGACAGCAAAAAGAAGAGCUUCGAUUUCUCUGCUAGUAGCGUGUAAUAAGGAAGAAGAAGGAAUCAAGGAGCAGGGAGCUGCUCUGCUCUGCUCUGCUCUGUUCUUGCAAGAAACGCCAGUUCUCGGAAGGAAGCAAGCAGCAGCGCCAGCGAUGGCUUCCUCGAGCGGGAGCGGCAGCUCGGGCUCGCUCUCCGCGGCGACCACCGCGGCCCUCGCCGCCGGCGCUGGCACGGAGGAGGAGCUGCGCGCGCUCAUGGAGCAGCGCCGCGCCAAGCGGAUGCUCUCCAACCGCGAGUCGGCGCGCCGCUCGCGGAUGCGCAAGAAGCGCCACCUCGACGACCUCACCGCGCAGGCCGCGCACCUGCGCCGCGAGAACGCGCACGUCGCCACCGCGCUCGGCCUCACCACGCAGGGCCUCCUCGCCGUCGACGCCGAGAACGCCGUCCUCCGCACCCAGGCCGCCGAGCUCGCCGCGCGGCUCGCCUCCCUCAACGACAUCCUCGCCUGCAUGAACACCAACGCCGCCGCGGCCGCCGGGGCCGUCGCCGUCUCUCUCACCGCCGCCGCCUCCGCCGUUUCCGCGUCCUCAGACCCCUACCUCGCCUUCGAUGGCGCCGCCGCCCUCGACGACCUCCUUAGAUCCUGCCCGGAGAUGUUCCCGCUCUGCUAGCUCAAGACUGGAAUCACCAUGGCAGCACAAAGCAUCAAGAAGGAAAAAAGAUUUUUUUUUUUGCUUUUGGUAUUUCAGGUUAGUAAUUUGCUAGUGAGAUGGAACUGAAAUCAGAUCACAAGGUGGUGAGCCGUGGAAUUUACUGUCACUGUAUUGUGCUGGAGGUAGGCAACUGAGCAACUGCACCUAAUUAACUAAGCUAGCUGCUGAGAUUAAGGUUGAUGAACCACUACUAAUUACCAUAUGUAACUCUGAGUUCUGCUCUGGUCACUGUUUUCAUGUACUGUGCCACUCCACUAUGUAUUUUCUCUACAGAGCAGUAACUCUACUAGUAUUUUCUCCUUCAAACAAAGGAAGUGCAAUAUAUAUUUUACAGUUUACUCUA